ACAGGAGAAAUCCUUAUACUUUUCUUUGGAUUACGUGUAUCCUUAUUUUAUGGCCGCUGAACUGGAUAUCUUCACUUUUACUGUCGUGACAGCCACUUUCGCUAUGACAUGUCAAGCCUACCGACACUUCCCCUCCCCUCCCUGGUCCUGUGCAGUCAAAAGAGCCGCUACAGGCCUGUGCAGGUCAUGUGAAGGGACGGAUGAUGUCGUCAACUGUCAGGAACGUCUGAAUCAUCUCUUUACGAUGUAUGUCCACAUCACCCUCUAUGAUAUCGGAAUGACAGGCGCCUACCACUGGGCCCUCAUUCCAACUAGUGGCAAGAGGUUCACCCGUUCGCUGAAGUCGUACCAGAUCAACAAUCCUAACCGGGAUUCAUUCUGUGAGCUAGCGCAUAUCAUCGAACCCAAUCUGGCUAGUACGGAUAAAUUCAACUGCUGUGUCCGUCUUCUCUCCAUCAAUCUCCCAAUCUCUGACAUCCAUGCCUUCAUGGAAGAACAAAACGCAGAGCGAGGCGAGACGCCGCUAUUAUCGACACAUCUUCAACGUGGGUGGACGUCCGCGCAAUGGUGUAUUCGGAUACUAUCUGAACUCGUUGAGUCGGGUUUCUGAAAUAUACCAUUGAAUACAGGCGACCUACAGAGCCGAUUCUACCAGAGAGCUCGCCUUGGGGAUGUUGGGUGAAAGUUCUAAUUGGCCUGGGAUACCUUCGAUGGAAUACGAGUAAUUGAUUAUGAUUUCACCAUGACAUGAGAAAUCGGUUUGUGAUACAUGCGUGUUUUUAUCUUCCGCAGCUGAUUCCUCGUUCUCUUUAAAUCCGAAGGGAUGAAUGCGGGAGACGGGGCCUAUGAAAUCUAAAAUAUACUCUCAGAAAAAUCAGUCGAAAUCUACCAUGACUAGAGGCUACAUUAGAAG